AUGGAGAUCAUUCCGUUGCACUACGGAGCCCAAGUCGGGUUGUACGAGGAAGAGUCGGAGGUGGGUGUUUUAUCGAGAAAAGUACAACAUGUAUCAAAUUCCGAAUAUGAUAAACCGCUUGGUUGAGUUGGAACGAAUAAAAAUUCUGAACAAGCGCCAACUUUUCCGUUUUUUUCGUCCUAAAGUAGUCGGUUUACGAGACCAGUUUGCGAGAGAUGAUUCGCCGAUUCGGAGGUCUCUUCCCUAUUCAUCGUACUUCCGAAAGACAGAAUGGCAACAAAAACCCGAACGAAGGAAUUGUUUUCUUCAAUUCGAAUACUUGAUUGAAGGAUUACUUGGCAAUUCCACGGAAGGCGGAGUAGCAUGUGGCCUCCAUAAUCAAGAGAGUGAGAACCGACGCCCACGAACUUCCUGAGAGAAUUUCGGUCGGCCUCGUAGUUCUAUGUUUUCAUCAGACGGCUCACGAAUUAUAAGUGGAGUGCUGUAUAGAUUUUGUGAGCAUUCUAAUUAUUCAUUUCCUGUGAAUUUCACAUUCCGUCCUUCUCCCAAACAUCACAGCUUUCUCGAAAUGAGCACAUUUUUGCUUUAAAAGUGAUCCCAAAGUCCAAGAGACUCUCGCCCUACCAACGGAACAAAGCGUUUUCAGUGAUCUUGCGAUCCUGCUCCCUCCACUGUGACCUUAUUAGUCAUGUGCGUGUUUCCAAAAGGUUCGCACCUCGAAGAAAAGCCCGGACACGAAACAUUCCGUCACUUUCUGUUGUGCUGGGUUUGUUAGUCAUAAUGGCCACACUCGGUGAUACAAUUUGCAAACGCUCCGAGUUUCACACGACUCCAUGAUCGGCCCGUAUUACGUUUUUUUUUUGUGUUCACGUUUACUCUUUUGCUGUUCAACUACGGUAAUUGUUCCGGAAGAAGAAGAAGAAGAGGGAAAAUGAAGUGUGCUGGCAAUAAAUCCAUCAGCGAGGGAUGCCCUCCAAGACGCCCGUCCGUGUCACCUGUCCCUGAGCGUACGGGCGUGCCACCCGGCUUCUUCUCAUCUUUUUGUGCCCCUCUCGAUGAUUUCUUACUCGUUGUGUGCCACACGGAAAUACACAUGUUAGUGAUUUGCGGACCAGAAGCGAAUUUCGACGUUCCUUCUCUUUUAUUCGUAUUUCUAGUGGAAAUGCGGUAAUUCGAGAGACCACCAUUUCCAUAAUUGCCGUUUUGGGAAUUAGGUUGAAUUUCAUUCGAAUUCGUUCGGAAUCCGAAUGUGUUCUCAGUCCUUUUUCGUUUGUUCUUUUCUGUGAAACCAAUUACCACUCGAGAGAAUCCCUUAGUUCUGCAAAUUUCUGGAGUAUCACAUAACAUUCACAAUCUCUAAAUUCCAUGUUUGUCUGCCUCUUACCAACAACACGAAAAGCGAUUUUCUUCGUUUCCGUGGGAACUGACACUCUGUAAAUAAGCGACAUUCUCUCCUUCAUCUGUUGCCUUCAGUCAUAUCAUUCGUUUUGCCACGACAUAAUGCAUUUAUCAAAAUAAGGCGCGUAGACGUUGAAAAUCUAACAUUCGACUAUAAAAAUGUUUUCGUUCUCAUAGGUUGUAGGCGGCCGAACGAAGACUUUUUAUUUUUGUUGUCCGCUGUAUUCUGAACACUUUUCCCCCUCUUAUCAUUGCAUUUCGUAACUAGAAACGCUCCAAGACACUCGGCUGCUCGUUUCCGACUAUUGUUUGCAUUGGGUUACCUGCCUUCAUCAAGUUUUCCUUCUGUUUGUAUUAUAAAAAAUUAGAUGCAAUUUCGAUGGUUCUCUCGGGUUUCCUUCUCUCAGAAGCAAGUGAUUCUCGCCCAUUUCCUCCUGUUCAUCUCAUUUUCUGUUUUCGCCAAGUGUGCGUUCGUUCCACGUCAUCAGCCCGCCGAAUGCAGUAAACAACAGCUUGUAACUUUUGCACGAGACUGACCGGGAGAUCGAAUAAACAAACGGAGAGACGAAAAUCGUUCUAAUUCAUCCCAUAUUUUGGUUUCAGUCUUUGAUUCUUUCUGAUCCGUACACUGAGAAACCUCGAAUAGGUGUCUAUCAGGAUGAUCCUUUCUUAUCUUCCGUCCGUUCCUUUAAUGUCUUCUAUCCCACGUAUGCGCCUUUCUCUUCCUCUCCUUCACUUUUCGAUUAUUUGAUCAUCAUGAGAGUCCUAGGAUCGCAUUGUCGUCGUCGUUGGACAAAACGGAAACGUCGGCAGUCGAUUAUGUACUCGAGUGUGUCCAGACCGCCGUUUAGACGGCUCGUUCCACUCAAAAUGGUUGGGAACGGAAACUUUCCGAAUUCACACAUCAAAAUUUAACCUUUCUCAUUUUCAGGCGAACGGAAGGACGGCGACCGACUAUGCGGGACAGGACUACGACGAGUGCUAUGAUCGGUUAGUUUCCAUUAUUUUUCUCGUUGCUUCUUCUACGGAAAAACCAUAAAUCAGCGCAGCUGCCCGCUGAUCAGUCUGUGUCUCUCCGAUCACUGGCCUCUUUUCGGUUUGACCCUCGUCGUUUGUAAACUGGCCGGCAGGCUCCGUCUCUACGCGAAUCCAAUUGCACUUUUUCGUCGCAGUGCCGAUUUACGGCGACUCGGAAACGUAUCCUCUCGCCCGUUUUGCCCCUCAUUAGCGGUGCCGAUGUUUCGCUGUUCCCAUGGAAAUAUCUCCGUGAUCGGUUGGUUGCAUUUUGAGAAUCGGCCACUCUCCCAGAGAAGCUCUCGAACAAGCGUUGCAUUAUUCAUCCGCCUGUUUGCUCCAUUCCCCUUCUCAUCUGCAUCUCCACAUGACCGUUUCAUAGAAUAUUCAUUCGAAAAUAAGUGGAUUUGGAAACACCGCUUGAAACCUAGAAAACAGCAGACCAGUGAAGUCAACAAUGCAAAUGAGCCGGCAUUUGACGCAAGAGAGAUGAGUUGCGAGCCAGAAAUAGGAGACGGACGGGACGUUAUUCUCCUUUCUUCCCUCUAACCACUCAAAAUUACAAUACUAGAAUGUCUUCAAAACAAGCCCACCGCAUAGACAUAAGCCAUUCCAUUCUGAGUUUCGAUUGAGAAAUUUGUUCAUUCUCAGAAUAAGCAAUUAUUAGCUAUCGAGCCACUUCAAAAAAGUAUUCGCAUAUCCAUUUCAUUCUGUCGCUCUUAAUCCAAUGCUAAUCCCGAAAGUCGCACGGAGAUGAAGGACGGGAGCAAUCCCGCGGGGGCUCCGAAUCAAUCAUUUUGACAAUAUGGUCCGCCCGCGCGACGCCGUCUCAUAAAGCUUCUGACCGAUCUUUAUUAUUACACCCGCUCUACUUCUAUUUCAACAACACCCGGCUAUUUUUGCGAAUGCGACGAAUUCAAAUUUUCGCGUCAAACUCGCAUCCUUUUCGCCCAUUUUCUCGCGUCCUCAAUUUCCUCGGUCGUCCUCCAGGGGCCUGCCGAAAAGAGCACCAGAAUUCUUUGUCUUCGAAUCGUUGUCGGAAGAAGACUGAAAAAGGGCGGAAGACGUGAGCUCGAGAAAAAGGCGCACAAGACAAUAUUUAUGUGUUGUUCUGCUCUCGAGUAUUUGAUUAGGCUUCUCCUCGACGUCUCUCCCUCUCGACGCAUUCCUUUUUCUAGGUACUCUUCGCCCCAUUUUAUUCUUUUUCUUCCUAGAACAACACUGGCUGAUCUUCCGCAGUUGUCUUGAGUGAACAUGUCAAAAUGUUGGAAAAACAGCAAGAGACUGGCAGUUUGUCAAAAUACGCGUUGUCUUCUCGCUCUCUCUCCGCGCAUCCUGUUCUUCGCUAUCUCUCAUCAGAUUCCGAUUCUUCGAUCCGUCUGUCUCUCUUCUUAGCGCAUAUUUUCUUCUGCCUUCACACUGAUUUUUCAAUCAUUUCGAGGUCGAGACCUUCUUUUCUAUUGGCCACCGCCCUGCGUGCCAUCCCGAAACGUGUCAUAAACAAGAUCAUUUGUGUAUUUCCUCGCGUCCUCCUGCUCUCUACUGCUCUCUCUCUCUCUCUUCCUCUCCUUUUCCUUUCUUCUUCACUUAUCUGCCACGUCACCAUUGUUCUCUACCGGGGACUAUCACAUCCUUCCUGUUCCGCUCACUAUUUCCUCAUCGCCACCCAUUUUUCUCGCGUGCUGAGGCACAGAAAAGCCGUAAUUGUUUCCGUCGGCGUCUCCGAGCGGACAAUACACUCUUGCCGCCACUUCAAGAAACAUUCUGAAAGUGUCGAUAACUACCUCUUAUUCAGUGUGUGUUUCAAUGAAGAAGCAAACGUUUCGUGUCCUGCUGACGAGUCACUUCUUCCUGCCAGACCGGACCCGGCAGCCGUAUAAACAAAGGCACGGUGGACACAAAAAGAUUCUAAUAAGUAGGAGUAAGAGUGUCAUCGUAAUGGUCGCUUCGCAUAAUUCGAUCAACGACGUUUUGUUGUCCGUCUGCUAUUAAUUCCCCUUCUUGUUCCCCCUAUCGAUUGACAAUCCUUGCUAAAUCAGCGAGGCGUGACGUGGCAAACAACAUCUCCUUUCCUCGUUUCCUUCUGUUUCCUGCGUUCUCCUGCUUCUUCUACGUGCUGCAGCAGCCGUGAAAUCGACACCUUUAGUUUUUGUCCGCCGCGGACGGACACCCAUUCAUCCGCGUAGUACUUCCUUCCCAGAGUGCACUCGCUUUUUCUCAACGUCUUCCGCCCCACCGGCCCCCUGUGUCUCACCUAUUUCUGGCGGUGCCUAAUGCGUCUAUUCUUGCAGCUGCGAACAAGAGUGUGGUGAGGAGGCGUGGCGAAUCGCGUGCUGCUCCAGAGUCGGAAAAGCCGCCAUCGUCAUCAUGUCCAUCGUCAUACUCUACCUCAUCAUAUCAGGUUUGUUUCAUGGAUCAGUUCAGAUAGAUACCCAAGGAGUACUUUUGAUUUGUUCAACCUAAAGACCAUCUACUUUUCAGCAUUAACACCGACGGAAAGCACAAAUAAACUAGACGUUAAUGAGCCACGACAAGGCAUAAACUUGACCAGGUAUACCCUUUAUCCAUUUGAUCAUUUCAUCUAUUCGUUCCUUUUUCAGGGCACAUCAGGUGCUCAGCUCUCUCUGUGAUGCAUAUGAACGAGGUGACGUAUCAGGAGACUCGUGCAAUCGAUUAUGCUACGACCGAAAUUGGCUGGUAACGGACUUCUAUGAAGGACACAAAACAGUCGUGCUAAUCAAAGACGGAGGACAGACGGCGGUUUACAAGAGUUCGAAGCCGUUCAUGGAAAUGUUCGAAGAACCGCAUGAUCAUUUGACGAACUCUCAAUUUUCGGACAAAGUUGUCGAUGUCGUCAACGAUGAAUUGCGUCUCGGGUGGCCGAAACACUACAGUAGGCAUCUGAUGGAGACGUUGUGGCCAACCUUGCUCAGGACGAAAGGAGAAGAGAUGUCGAAAGCAGACAGGCGGUCCCUUUGGGCACUUCUCAAACAGUCCGAAUUCAUCUUGUUUCGCGUUCUUCCUCUCACGAGAGUCACUCCAAAACUGAUCGGAACCUGUGGACACAUGUAUCAGACGGAAUCUCUCGUGGCUUUCAAAAUGAAAGGAUACUACACAAACCUCAAGGUUCGGUUUUUACUGCUGCUAUGUCUGUAAAUGUUUCAUUUUAGGCCAAGAUUCUGGUUCACGUGAUGGGCACUCUGAAGCUGCUCUACGAGUUCCUCGAUGAGCCUCUUCAGUGGUGCGACGUCCGCUUCGACAAUCUCGGACUCUCCGCUGACUAUCCGAAAAGGUAAACCUAGUGUAAAAUAUCAGCUGUUUAAUAUUUCAUGCUCAGGUUCGUGCUAAUGGAUGGAGAUAUGGUUUAUACCAAAUCAAAAUUGAAUUCACUGCUGAAAGGACGGCCUUGCGAAAAUGACGACGACUGUAAAAUCGGAGACUGCACGGCUCGUUGCACUUCCGAAAUGGUUUGCUCGUCGAGGAGUAACGGAAAUCUUGAGGUGAAAUUUUUUGAAAACAAUUUCCUUCUCUUCAUGAAAAAGUUUCUUUCUCAAAUUAGAAAAUGAGUGUAAUUGUUCGAAUAGCGCUGUGAAAUUGACCACUUGAGUUCACUUUCUCCCGGCCGAAAAUGCGCCUCCACACUCGAUCUUUUUUCAGGUGUUCUGCGACAAACUGGUGAAUAAGCUGUUCGCAAAUCAAUGGUCCAAAAACAAUAAAUAUCUAGUGGCCUGCAGAGACACGGGCCGAAAUAUCACUCAACGACUGAACGAACUGCGGCUGACAUGGUCAUGGAAUCUGCCAGAUGUGUGA